UGUUUUUGUUGAGCGCCGGUCUCGGGGAGAAGGUCUGUCUGCACUCUGGACAGCUGCACAACUUCUUCUGGCUCUUCUGCUCCCAGUAGCUCUUGAUGCACUCCAUACAGUAGUUGUGUCCACAAGGAAUGGUCACGGGGUCCCGCAGAAGGUCCAUACAGAUGGGACAGCUGAACUGCUCCUGGUUGACGAAAACACCAGCUUCUUCCUCUGCCAUCGUUUACAGUGAGGAAGAAGGAAAUCAUUCCAGAAUUCCCAACCUGUCAGACUACUUCCUGGACACGCCUCCUUUUCUAGCAAAGGAACAUCUCCGAACAGAAAGAGGAAGUGCUUUAAUCUCAUUCUCUGAUUCUGUGCGUGUCUGCUGGGGGCUGACCUCUCACCUCUGUGCGACAGUCAGACAGAACUGGAGCGCUCCAAAGAUGGCUAGACCAAGCUCAGAUUUAACAGAGUUUCGUGAGGAUUUUGCUAAAGCCAAGCACAUUGCUAUCAUUACGGGGGCUGGAGUGAGUGCAGAGAGUGGAGUCCCAACCUUUAGAGGACAGGGGGGCUACUGGAGGAAAUGGCAGGCACAGGAUUUGGCAACCCCUGAAGCUUUCUCUCGAGAUCCUUCUUUAGUUUGGGAGUUUUACCAUUACAGGCGUGAGGUUAUUCGCAGUAAGAUGCCAAACCCAGCCCACCUGGCUUUAGCGGAGUGUGAGUCCCGUCUCAGCAAACAGGGGCGCUCUGUUGUGAUCAUCACUCAGAACAUCGAUGAACUGCACCGUCGUGCUGGCUCCGAACAUCUCUAUGAAAUCCACGGUAGUCUAUUUAAAACCCGCUGCAUGAGCUGUGGAGAAGUCAAAGCCAACCACAAGAGUCCAAUCUGUCCUGCUCUGGAGGGGAAAGGAGAGCCUGACCCCAGUGCCAAGGAUGCCAGGAUACCAGUGGAGCACCUGCCUAGGUGUGACAGAAGUGGCUGUAAUGGAUUGCUGAGGCCUCAUGUGGUUUGGUUCGGAGAGACUCUGGAUUCAGAUAUCCUCACCGCUGUGGAGCAGGAGCUGGAAAAAUGUGAUCUCUGCUUAGUGGUGGGUACCUCCUCCAUAGUUUACCCAGCAGCCAUGUUUGCUCCUCAGGUGGCAGGAAGAGGAGUGCCUGUAGCUGAAUUCAACAUGGAGAGCACACCUGCUACUAUGCGCUUUAAAUAUCACUUUGAGGGUCCUUGUGGUGUCACACUGCCUCCUGCCCUGGAACGCCACGAGAGCGAGGUUAUUUAAGGAGAGAGAAGGCAUGACCCAUUUGUUCAUGCCUACUGCCUAGAGCACUUUAACAGAGCACAUUGGAUUGGUUCAUGCCUUCAUUGUUAGCGUGCUAUGAAGAUUUAUUGCAAAGGCUGAAAUCAAGUUUUAAAUAGUGUCUUUUUGAGUGUUUGCUUGGCCUGUGCGUUUUGGGCAAGUUGUGUUUUUGGCAUUGGAUCUUAGUAGAUUUGUUCCUGUUGAUUCACUGGUAACUCAUUUAAGUCGUGGAAUACCUGGGAAUUUAAAGAUCGUAAUUUCCAGACCCAGAAAUGUCAUUGAAGAUAAUAGUUUUAAAGAGUUAUGGAAAUUUCCAUCAUGAGUAAGUUUUAAAUAUGAUCAGUUCUGAAAUAUUUCAUUGG